CCCGCCUACCCCCGCUGCCCGGGAGGCCCCUCAGCCUGUGCCAGCGGCGUCGGCGUCCUGCGCCGCCGGCCCCAGCCCGGCCCCCGCUGCCGCUGCGCGAGGGGGCCCGCCCCGAGCGGGGAAGGAGCCGCGGCCGCCGGGGCGGCCGUAGCAGCGUUACUCCUCCGACUGAAAAUACUGUUGAAGAAAACGACAAAAUGAGUAGUCGUCGAAAACGUGCACCUCCAUCAAAAGUAGAUGAGGAGAAACAGAAAGAGCUCUGCUGGAAUAUGCAUGAAGACCGGAGAAAUGAGGUGAUAACAUUAGAUGAUGAACUGACUGAUGAGGACCACGUUCCAGGUCCAAGCACUUCUUCUGCAUCUUUCAUUGUUAUAGAUGAUGAUAGCAUUGAUGAAGAUCUCAUUCAAAAAGAAGGUAGUGGCUCAAAAUCUGUUAAGUUUUUGACAGUUAAUGAUGAGGAAGACUCUUACUCCAUCUUGACUCCUGUGUCAGUACAGCUAAAUAUUAUAGUCUUGCCAUAUCGUGUAGAUGGGUCCUGGAAAGCUUUGUUGGGAGAAUUUGCUCUUCGUCUUCCUUCUGAGCAAAUUCUGACUGAGGAAUUCCAUGAAAGGAGCUUUACCUUGAUGAGAGGAGACUCUGAUGAUCAGCUACAGGUUUGUGUUCAUGAAAGAAGUGAAGAGGAGUACAGUAAUGAAACAAAAGAAUACCUGGGUGCUUAUGAACAACGUAUUUUGGUGGAGCCAACUUUAAGUGGUGAAAUAUUGGAAGGCUUGAGAUGGCUGCAAAAGAAAAAGAUAAUUGGACUUUAUCAAAGACCUGGAGAGGCUCAGGUUUUAAAGGUUGGAAUUUACCUUCUGGAAGCUGGGCUAAGUAAACCAGAGUUUCUCAGUGAUGGAGGUGGGAGACCCAAGAAAGCUAAUCAGCUGAUCCAAAAACUCAUGGAAAAGUUCUAUAGCUUUUUAAUUCCAGAUGAGCUGGAGGAAGAUGAGGAAGAGUCUGACAUGGAACUAGAGCGACAAAAUAUUGAAGAGCUUUAUGACUUUGUAAGGCAUACCCAUCAGCAGGAUAUCGACUUACUGAGAGAGGAUGUGCAGCAUCCUGCAUUAAUUCCUAUUCUGAGGCCAUACCAAAGUGAGGCUGUGAACUGGAUGCUUCGCCGAGAGAACCUUGCAAGCACUCCGAGCAGUGAAAAUGGACUGCACUUCUUAUGGCGGGAGGUCAUCACUCUGGAUGGAGUAAAAAUCUACUAUAAUCCAUUUACAGGCUGUAUUAUCCGUGAGUAUCCAAUUGCUGGACCCCAGUGGCCUGGAGGUAUUUUAGCAGAUGAGAUGGGUCUUGGAAAAACAGUAGAAGUGUUGGCUCUUAUUCUGACUCAUACUGGACCAGACAUUAAACAAGAUGAUCUGAUGUUACCUGAGGGUAAGCUCGUGAACUUCUUUGUUCCACCUCAACCUUCGGAAGGAAAUAAAAAGAAAAAACCAAAGGAAAUGGAGCUUAAAUUGAAGGAAAAAAUACAAUAUCCUAGCUUACGAGUGAUGAUACUAGCAGCUGUCAAGGAAAUGAAUGUGAAGAAAGGAGCAUCCAUUAUUGCAAUAUUUAAGUACAUCAGUGCUAUAUAUCGGUAUGACAUACAGAGAAAUAGACGGCUUCUCAAAAGGACUCUAGAAAAACUAAUAGCAGAACGAGUAGUAGAGCAAGUCAAAGGACAUGGUCUGGCUGGGUCUUUCAGGCUGGGAAAGAAUUACAAGGAACAGAAGAAGCGAGAGAGAACCAAAGAGCAGAUAGCAAGGUCUUCAGAAAGUGUUCAGAAGAAGCAGCUGAUUGAUGCUAAAACUCAAACCAAAGAAUCAAGAAAUAGUAAUGUCACUUCUGAAAAUGUCAUUAAAAUCCCUUCGCGGGUGGAUAUCACCAUGGAAGAACAUGAUUAUUGUACAACUAGCAAAAAUAACAGGAAAUUUGAAGCAGAUCGUGAGAACUCUGUAAAAGAGAAUAAUGUGCAGCAGGAAGCUGUGGUCCCAAAGUCUCCUGAUUUGCAAGGCAGCCUCCUUGUCUCCAGUGAUGUGAGCAGUCAUCCUGAUUUUGAUGUUUCAAAAACUACAGCUGAUGUCCAGCAGGAAAUUCCAAAGGACCAAUCCUCACAUUCCCAAGAACAUGCCAGCGGUAACAUACAACAUAGCAGUUCUGUAUUUCCAUUUAACACCUCUGAAUACCGAUUUGAAUGCAUCUGUGGUGAGCUUGGGUUGGCUGACUAUAAAGCUCGUGUGCAGUGCCUGAAAUGUUACUUAUGGCAGCAUGCGGAAUGUGUAAACUACAAAGAGGAAAACCUGAAGAUCAAGCCCUUCUACUGUCCCCAUUGCCUUGUGGCAAUGAAACCUGUUUCCACAGGAGCAACUCUGAUCAUUUCUCCAAGUUCUAUUUGUCAUCAGUGGGUAGAUGAGAUCAACAGGCAUGUAAGAUCAUCUUCUCUUCGAGUUCUGGUGUAUCAAGGCGUGAAGAAGCAUGGCUUUUUGCAGCCACACAUGUUGGCAGAGCAGGAGGUAGUUAUCACCACAUAUGAUGUCCUCCGCACUGAACUGAACUAUGUAGAUAUACCCCACAGUAACAGUGAAGAUGGGCGCCGUUUCCGCAACCAGAAGCGGUACAUGGCCAUUCCCAGCCCCUUGGUAGCAGUGGAGUGGUGGAGGAUCUGCCUUGAUGAAGCACAAAUGGUUGAAUGCACUACUGCAAAGGCUGCUGAAAUGGCACUCCGCUUAAGUGGAAUCAAUCGCUGGUGUGUCAGUGGCACUCCUGUGCAGCGAGGAUUAGAAGAUCUGUAUGGAUUAGUCCUUUUUCUUGGAGUUGAUCCUUACUGGGUCAAACAUUGGUGGGACCAGCUUUUAUAUCGACCUUAUUGUAGGAAAAAUCCCCGGCCUCUCUACAGUCUAAUUGCCAAAAUAAUGUGGAGAUCAGCAAAGAAGGAUGUGAUUGACCAAAUUCAAAUCCCUCCUCAGACAGAAAAUGUACACUGGCUUCACUUUUCUCCUGUGGAGAGACACUUCUAUCAUCGCCAGCACGAGGUGUGCUGCCAGGAUGCAUUGGCAAAACUCAGGAAGAUUUCAGACUGGACUCUUAAGCUUAGUAGCCUAGAUAGAAGGACUGUGACUUCUAUUCUGUACCCUUUGCUGCGGCUGAGGCAGGCCUGCUGUCAUCCACAAGCUGUUCGGGGAGAGUUCUUGCCAUUACAGAAAAGCACCAUGACCAUGGAGGAACUGUUAACAUCUCUACAGAAGAAAUGUCGAACAGAGUGCGAGGAAGCUCACCGACAACUGGUGUGUGCUCUAAAUGGCUUAGCUGGCAUCCAUAUCAUUAAAGGAGAAUAUGCAUUGGCUGCAGAGCUGUACAGAGAAGUUUUACGAUCAUCUGAAGAGCACAAAGAAAAGCUCAAAACAGAUUCCUUGCAAAGACUUCAUUCUACACACAAUUUGAUGGAAUUGUUGGCAAAGCACCCAGGAAUUCCCCCAACUUUGCGUGACAGCCGACUUGCAGAAGAGGCAGAACAGCUCCGACAGCAUUAUAUGAGUAAAUCCAAUGCGGAAGUUGCAGAAGCCCAUCAGGCCUUACAACCAGUUCUUCAGACCAUUCGGGAGCUCCAGAGAAAGAUACAUUCAGGUUCUCCUUGGUGGUUGGAUGUCAUCCAGACAGCAAUACAGUAUGCCAUCGAUGAGGAGCUUGUUCAACGUGUGCAAAAUGAAAUAACCAUCAACUACAAACAGCAGACUAAUAAACUCUCCAUGGCAGAGAAAUUCCGUGAUUGCAGAGGCCUUCAAUACCUGCUCACAACCCAGUUGGAAGAAGUGAAGAAGUUCCAGAAGAUUGUAAGAGAAGCAGUGAAAAACUUAGAAGGCCCUCCCUCUAAGCAGGUUAUUGAGGCUGCCACUAUCUGCCAUUUGCGACCUGUUAGACUUCCACUUAACAACUGUGUCUUUUGUAAGGCUGAUGAGUUGUUCACAGAAUAUGAGUCGAAGCUCUUUUCUCAUACUGUUAAAGGCCAAAUGGCAAUAUUUGAGGAGAUGAUAGAAGAUGAAGAAGGGCUCGUUGAUGACCGUUUGCCCACCACAAGUAGAGGUCUGUGGGCGACCAGUGAAACUGAACGUGCCUUGAAAGCUCUUCUCUCCUUUGCCAAAGCUCACCGAAUGGAUAUCAAGCUAACUGAAGAAGGCAGCAUAUUUCUGGAACUGUAUGAAGCAUGGAAAAAGGAAUAUAAGUUACUUCAUGAAUAUUGGAUGGUGCUUAGGGAUCAUGUGUCUGCCAUUGAUGAACUGGCAAUGGCUACAGAACGGCUGAGAGUGCGUCAUCCUGAUGAACCAAAACCAAAUCCACCAGUUCUCCACAUCAUAGAACCACAUGAGGUAGAGCAAAAUCGAGUGAAACUUUUGAAUGACAAGGCAGUUGCCAAAUCACAGCUUCAAAAGAAACUAGGACAACUUCUGUAUCUCACCAAUCUGGAGAAAUCUCAGGAUAAAACUACUGGGGGAGUUAACCCAGAGCCGUGUCCAAUCUGUGCACGUCAGCUGGGAAAACAGUGGGCAGUGCUGACAUGCGGACAUUGUUUUUGUAAUGAGUGUAUAGCUAUCAUCAUAGAACAGUACAGCGUUGGCACCCGCCGGAGCUCAAUUAAAUGUGCCAUUUGCAGGCAGACAACAUCUCAUAAAGAAAUAUCUUACGUCUUCACUGCAGAAUCUGCAAAUCAGGAGGAUGAUAUUCCUGUAAAGGGAAGUCAUUCCACAAAAGUGGAAGCUGUGGUCCGAACGCUGAAGAGAAUUCAAUUUAAGGAUCCAGGGGCUAAAUCCUUAGUUUUCUCAACGUGGCAAGAUGUGUUGGACAUAAUUUCAAAAGCUUUAUAUGACAACAACAUGAUUUUUUCUCAGAUCAAUGGAAUCAGUAAAUUUCAGGAAAAUCUCUCUGCAUUUAAAUAUGAUCCCAACAUCAACAUUUUGUUGCUGCCUCUUCACACGGGUUCCAAUGGACUAAACAUCAUCGAGGCAACUCACGUUCUGCUUGUGGAACCCAUUCUGAAUCCUGCACAUGAGCUACAGGCUAUUGGCAGAGUACAUCGUAUUGGUCAAACAAAGUCUACCAUUGUUCAUAGGUUCCUGAUAAAAGCAACAAUAGAAGAGAGAAUGCAGGCUAUGCUGAAAACUGUAGAUCGAAGCCACACGAGCUCUUCCAUGAAACAGUCAGAAGCCUCAGUUCUGACAGUGGCAGAUUUGGCUGACCUUUUUACAGAGGAAACUGAAGAACUUGAGUAAAAACAUUGGUUUGGCCUAAUGAAAUCAGAAAGUACCUGACGUAAUAAGCACUGGUAUAUAAUCCGCUUGAUCUGUUACUCCUGUAAACAUCAUAUAACAUUUGUCCAUAACAGAGCUAUUGGAAACUGAAGUCUUAAUUGUUACUAUUUUAUUCUGUGGUGAAGUUCUUAGCAGCACAUACUUCUGAUAGCACUGGAGAAAACUUGCACUUUGCACAUUAUACGAAAACAUGGAUUUUAUUCCCAAAGAGCAUUUGAGCUGGAUGCUAAAACUGAGAUCCUGGACCCUUGGUUGAGAGGAUUUUUACCAUCAGGUUUGACUGGCUAGUAGCUCAGUCUGAGAGCAAAACUAUGUGGGUGGUUGGGUGGGAAAGGGAAGCAGAUAAACACAAAUCUAAUUUUUUUUACUGUACAAAGAAUUGUUAGAAAGAAUGACUGUAAAUUAAUAUUCUUCUAGAAAGGGCUUGUUAGCUUUUAAUGCAGAGUUACUGCACGUCUUAUUGGUAACACUUUAAAUAAUCUUUACUAAUAAUUUGGAUAUUUGUAUUAGGCUUUUAGAUAUUCAGAAAGACUUGUGACAGUUAAAAAAUCGUUGUUAAUGCUUACUCACUGCAAAAUUAUGAUAAUUAAAUUAUGCUUUUUGUAUGUGUGUUGGUCUGGUAAUCAGUUAAAUACUUGAACUUACUGUACGUGUUUUCACUUAUUCCUGAAGCCAUGACUAAUUUGGUACUUUGUUUAGAAAAAAAUAAAUAAUGCUUUUGUUACAGAAUUUUUCAAAAUUUAAUUGGUUAAGCUGCUGAUCACUUUAUUUGGUAUAUACAUUUGCUCACCCUGAUUUUUUUUCUGUAGGUCUCCCCUUUAAAGGUGCAGCAAUUCACAUAUUCAAAAUAGAUAAAAUUAAGAUAGGUGGUCUAAUUAUUAGGUACAUAAUCCAAGUUAGAUAAUCAGUGAAGAGAGGUGAAACUUCAUCCUUAGGUAUGUGAGAUCACUCUACCCUAUCUCUAUUGACAGUAGAGAGUUUAGAAAACAAAUCCAAGCUAACUUUUAGGCUGCUGAAAGUAGAUACGUUUUAAGCCUUUGGCAUAAAUUGUGGGUAUACAUUUACACAACAUCAUUUCUGAAAGUAUUACAGAAGCAAGCUCGGUUACACAGUAGAUGUUAAACACAGUUUUGUAUUUAGAGACUGGGCAAAUGUGUAUGCAUAAGCAACAGGCUACUUCCCGCAAAUCACAAUAUUUACUGUUUCAGUACACGAUGGUUUUUCUAUAUUUUAGAAAUCUUACUUGGGGUUGAAAUUGAGACCUUUGAGAAAUCUCAUCUUGGAAUUUGUAAUAGUCUUCUAAAUAGAUUUGCCAUAUAGUUACUGAGCUUCUUGAGUUCUGUUUUCAGUCAUACUACAUUUGAGUUGCACUGUUGUGUAUUAAGCCUAUCCACGUGACAGACAGGGUUUCCGCUGGUAACAACAAAUGUGUGUAGAAUUUACAAGAAAAAUAUUGUGGCUUUUUUGGCAUUUAUAGUCUGUUGUCUUUCUGAACUGAUUAGAUACUUUGUUCUAAUGACUAUUUGAGUAAAUUUACAGACAAUGUAUCUUUAUUUCCCAUAUUUGUAAAAGGUAUUAGUAUUAUCUAUAUGUUUUGGUUUGGAGAUUACUGGUUUUUUGCAGAUUACAGUUUGAAGCAAGGGAAAUAGAAUAGAUACUAGACUUUUUUAAAAUUAGAUUGAUCAAACACAGACUGUGGCAUCUCCAUCCUUGGAUGUAUUGGGAACUCAAAUGACCCUGAGCAACUUGAUCCAGCUUCAAAUUUGGCCCUGCUACGAGUGGUGUGUUGGACCAGAUGACCUCUCCAUGGAUCUGUUCCAGCCUAAAUUAUUGUACAGUGUACUGGAGAUCACGCUGUACAGACACUCCAGGAACUCUGAGGGCAGCAACAUUCCAGUUCCUCAUCGUCCUCAGUGAAUUUUAAUAUUGUACAAUGUAAUGUGGCUGAACAAGGAGCUGCUGUUUACUCUGAGAACUGUGGAAGCACAUAAACUGUGGAAACAUGUAGUGUUUACAUCCAUAGCUCUCAUUUUAAGUAACUAGAUGUGGGAAUAAUAGUUGUCAGUGAAUGUGAAGAAGAGAGGCAAACUGAAACAUAUCUGCUGAGAGGUUUCCUGAGCUCUGCUAGGUUUUGGAUUAUUUAUAUAAGGACAAUGGCAUCAUUGUUUGUUUACAAAAAUGUGGCUUUUGGAUUCCUAACCAAAAGCAUAGCUUCUCAUCAAGCAAUGCAUGUUCCUUUACUCCUGACUUCUUUAUUUUAUGCUCACAUAACGGCACGGAAUGCCAAAGAUCUGGUUCUAGGCGCACUCCCAACUGCCCUGGAGUGCCAGUACCUAAAGCUCUGGAGGUAUAAUCUUAAAAUGUGUAUACUAAUUGUGUUAAAGCACCUUGUGAAAUUGGAAGGUUGAACCAUCGGCGUAUAUAGCCUGUGUCAGUAGUAAAAUGGAUUCUUCAAGUUGCACAUAAUACUAAGUACAGAGACUAAAUUUAAAGAAUUACCUUGAAAAAGAAACCAAACUGUAAUCUACUGCUUUUUGCCAUUCUCUGCAACAUUUUCUUUGACACCUUGUGAGGUAAACUUUUUUCCUUUACUCCCCCGUCCGCCCCCUUGCUAAGGGUGCAGCUUGUACGUCUGCAGUUUUUCUCUUACCAAAGCACAGUGAGACGGUUUUCAUGGUGCUGCCAUGAUUUUGCUGUCUCAGGAGAACACUCUUUUGAAAGACAGUAUCUUAGCUGAGAACAAACUUUGUUCUAUCAUAAUAGUUCCAGUAUAUUCAUGGAAAUGGUGUUUUCUACAGAAGACACAAAUCUAUAAAUACUGACUACAGUGUUUACAUAACUAUUGUGUGGACAUACCCACAGGCACGUACCAGAUUCUCAUGUGUUCUCCUGCUAAAACAUGGAAACACGAUCGAAUUGACAGUAUUGCUUACCCAGUGAAGUCAAUCCCUUUAAAAAUGAGGCUCCAACGGAUCCCAAAGAACUCAGUGCUGACCUUUCAUCUCUUUCAGUUCCCUGACAAAUAAUUUUGGGAGGUUUUUGGCUGUAGUUGGUGAGGAUUUCAGGACAGGUUUUUCUCCCUGUAUGUAAGUUCAGUGCCUUAUAGAACCGAGCCGUCCUCUUACUUGGGUAUCUGUAAAAGCUUGAUGCAAGUAGUAGACUUCCUCGAACUAUACGAUAUGAAUGGGUUGGAAACUAAGGAGUAGAUACCCUUGUGGUGUUAAAUUGAGCUCUGUGAAUUUCACUGUUGAUCUUUAAAUGAGUUUGUAAGGUUCUCAUCUGUUCCUGGCAUAGACUGAUUUAGAAAGCAUUUUGUCUUAACCUGUCAGGUAAUGUUUUAGCAUACUACUGAAAGUCCAGGAUGCACUAUAGUUUUCACGCAUGUUGGAUACUACAAAAGAAUAUUUACCUCAGUCUUUUCAUGCAUAUUAAGGAAUGGACAUAAGAGUCAAUGCAUUUUGUUAGAUAGGUCUUCCAAAACCACUUUUCUGCCAAUACCUGCAGAUGGAUUCAAGUUGUCUCCCAGCAGACAACCCUCUACUUCAAAAGCAACUGUGCUUCAAUACAAAUGUGACUGGGAUCCGACAGAAGAAAAAAUGCGUAGUUGUUUCUGGGUAAAACCAUAAUUAGACACACUUCCUCCUGUAAGAUUCUGUCUGGAUUCAUGGCUGAGGACCAGUUUAUGGUCUUUCUGACACAAACGGUGCUGUCCUCUUUCCAUCUGUUUUUGCAAUCCUUAUGUUAUAUUUUCCAGGAGUCCCAGAAUUAUUCAUUUAAUUAGCAAUUACGCUUCAGGUAAAUCAGAGGGGAAAAAGUCUGUAUUGGUCAAUCUUGGCAUUGACCAAUGUAAGAAAAACUAAUCUUGAAAUUUAUUGCUCCCCCAAGGUAAGGAAUUAGAUGGGUUUCUAAAGGAAAAUCUGGGGUUUUUUUCUAGCUAUGAAUGGAGCCUGUUGCUGAAGUUAAGCUUCGGAAGACUUACUGCUUUAAAACUGUGAUAAGCUUUUCUAUAGACUUAAAGGCUAUUUGCAAAACCACUGUGCCUGCACUUUUCUUCCUUUUUUUUUGGUUGACUGACACAAGUAUAAUCUUGUAAAGACCUUAUACUAUAAAUGUGGGUUGUAGGUUAAAGGAAUUUCAUAACAGCGGAAAAAGGAGGUCCAAGACAUCCCUCUCUCUCCCCUGUCUGUCUGUCUCCCUUCCUCCAUGUUUGUCAUCACACCCCCUACACCCCCCCACCCCAACCUUGCUCAGUUUGUUACAAAGAAUGUUUGUGUUUGGUCAGUGGAAGUACAGUAAAAGAGUCUUAAUCCAUCAAAUGGCUACAGCAACACUAGCUUAUUGUGUCAGAGGGAAAGUGUCAGGGGUAAAGGAAACUUUAACUUGGUACAAAUUCUUUUUAGUACUUGUAAUGUCUUCAUGCGGGUCUGUUGUUCACCACUGCAGAAGCAAAUGUUGAAUUUCACUCUAGUAACUUAUGUUUCUGGUUUUAUAUUUUACAGCUGACGUAUAUAAAGGACCUGGUAAAGUAAGCCUCACUGAUUGCUCAGUAAUUAGAAGUUUUUUAGUUUUAAAGUCUAUAGGUUUUGGGUUCCUAAAGUACACCCGAACCACUGUCGCAAGUCCCAGUGCAUCCACUGUCUUCUCUUCAGAGGAGAAGGAAAGAAUAGGUAACUACUGAAUCACUGCAGGAUUGACUUCAAGUCGCAAGUAGUCAUUCUAGGUACUCUGCAGUCAUACACCAUGUAAAGAGCACAGUUAGUUGAACUUGUAGCUUUCAAAUGUAGUUAAGGAACGAAGUCAUCUUGCGGGGGGGAGGUAAAUGACGUAGGGUUUCUAAAUACUUGAGUAAUUCUACUUAGAAAAUUGGGAUGUGAGGUACCCAUAAACCUCUGGCUCAAUUUCCUUCUGCAUACAAGAUGUCAGCCAUCCAGGGCUUAAAUUCCAAGUCCCUUUGUUUUGUGUAUUUAUAGAUUUCAUACAAGCAAGUGCCCAGCCCUCUUCAUUCAACUGGACACAUACUAAAUUUUAUCAGUUUAUAGCAACAGAUGUCGUUAUUUCUAUGGUGUAACAUCUCUUGGUUUGAUAACAACUUCCGUAUCGGGUAGAAACUACCUUUCCAAAUUCCACCAAGUGCAAUGUCUGACUGCUGACAGGGUGCCCCAAAGUGUAAGUUGUUAGUGUAGCCUGGCUUGGAUAGUUGUGGGGGGGUUAUUAUGCUAUUCUUCCUAUCCUGUGGGGGCUAGUGAGCUAGCUGGAUUCAUGCUACGUUGCCAUGAAUUGCCCCCUCUUUAGGCUAACAGGUUAUCAUCCUACAUCAAACAAGUUUUGCUGAUGAAUCUAGGCUUUUUCUUGACUGUGUCAUUUGGUUAAGGAAGAAAAUCUAGACUGCCUGUCUUGUUACCCUGGCAGAGUUUUGUCCUAAUCACUCUUGGAGACCCCUGAGAUGGAGGACCACAAGUGUGGAAACAGUGACUUUCCAUUUGUGGAUGCUGAUAUUGUAAAGGAUCAGCUCAAUGUUCACAAGCCCAUGGGGCCUGCUGGGAUUCAUCCCAGAGUUCGGAAGAAGCUGGUAGAUAAUUCUGGCAGGACACUUCUCGAUCAUCUACCAAAGGCCUUGGGAGUCUGGGGAGGUCCCUGCUGACCGGAGGCUAGCCAGUGUUAUUCCAGUUUACAAGAAGGACCCAGUAAAAUACAGACAUCUUGGUCUAACCUCAGUUCCUGGAAAAAAUUACAGAGAUAAUACCAAAUACUAUUGAUAGUAAUUUACAAAAUAAUGCAAUCAUCAGGCAGUCAGCAUGGGUUCACAAAGGGAGAGUCCUGCUUGAUUUUAUAUUCUUCCGUGAUAAGGUCACCCACCUAGUGGAUGAAGGGAAGGUGGUGGAUGUAUUUUAUUCUGGAUUUUAGUAAGGCUUUUGAUACUGUCCCAAACAGCAUCCUUCUGGACAAGUUGUCCGGCUGUGGUGACACAGGUCAAGGUGGACCGAAAAAACCACUAUGUCUGUGUGGCAGGGUUUGGACAAAAUGGCCUUUAUUGUUUAUACAAAUUAUUUAUAUAUCUUAGACAGUACGCUGGGAACAAGUAUGAACUGGGAGAGUGGCUGGAGAGCAGCCCUGCAGAAAGGGAUCUGGGGGUGCUGGUGGACAGCAGGUUCAGUGUGAGCCAGCCAAGAGGGCAAACUGCAUCCUGGGGGCAACAAACACAGCAGAACCAGCUGGUCAAGAGAGGCAGUUAUCCCCCCCGUGUUCAGUGGUGGUGCAGCCUCACCUUGAGCACUGUGCGCAGUUCUGGGCCCCACAGGUAAAGAAGGAUGUGAAGGUCCUUGAAUGUGUCCAGAGGGCAACAGAGCUGGUGAAAGGGUGGAAAGGAUGUCCUAGGAGGGGCAGCUAAGGACUUUGGGCUUGUCUAGACUGGAGAAAAGGAGGCCAAGGGGUGACCUCAUAGCUUUCUGCAGCUGCCCGAUGAGGGGAAGCGGAAAGGGAGCUGCCCAUCUCUUCUCCCUGGUAUCCAGUGAUAGGAUGUGUGGGAAUGGUUCAGAGCUGCACCAGGGGAGGUUAAGGCUGGACUUGAGAAGCAUUUCUUUACGGAGAGGGUGGUCAAACGCUGGAACAGGCUUCCAGAGAGGCGUUCUGUGCCCCAGGCCUGUCAGUGUUUAAGGCAUUUGGGUAAUGCCCUUAACAACGUGCUUUAAUGUUUGGUCAGCCCUGAAUUGCUUAGGCAGUUGGACUAGAUGGCUGUCAUAGGUCCCUUCCAACUGAAAUAUUCUGUAUGAAAACUGCACUUAAAAUGCCAAGGUGCAUUCAACCAUUUUUAAUGGCUUGUUUUGCUCUAAUAAAGUGUAUGUAUAUAUUCAUAUGUGUAUUCAGCAUGUUAUGUUGGAUAGCCAAAUAAUUACUAUUAAAAUAUAUGAAUAUAAUAUAAUAUUAAAUAAUAAAAAUUAAAUAAUUAAAUACAAAAUAAAAAUAUAUAAUAUGAAUAUAAAAUAUAUAAAAAUAUAGGGCCACUGCUCUGCUAGGUGCUUCAUAACGCAUUUAUAAAAACUCAGCUUUAAGGUACAUUGAUAAGAUAGGGAAUACAUUUUAUAAAGAACAGACAAAGCCAUUAUAUUUAAUAUAUUUAUUUCUCAUUCUCCCACCGUGACAUUUUUUUGUUUUCCUUCUUCCCUGUGUGCCAUUGAUUUGGUUUGUAUUCUGUACUGUAGACUUUGAAGCAACACUAGAACAAAUGGUGAGGGAAUAGAGGACACACUUGACUGAAGUGGUGAGCACCUGCUUUUACAUCCCCAAACUGGAAGUUUACUUAAGCAAUGUGAAAGUCAGUCAGCCUAAGUCUUUUUUUUUUUUUUUUUUUUUUUCCAUUUGGCAGGGAGGAGUAUUUUUGUGUAACUUCUAUACUAAAUUCUAAACAUUAUCAUAUUGCACUGUGGAAUAAUAAUUCCUGGGAAUGCCUCUGUUUCCCCUUUGGCUACCCAGGUUCUGCAAAUGGGAAAUCUCAAUUGCAAAAACUUUCUGGUUUCCUGUUUGUUUACAUAAAGGCCAUUUCCUGCUCACAGAAUGACAAAUAAUGAUACUAAUUCUUCCUUCCAUGUAUAUUAACACACACUUAUAAGACUAUUCAGUCGCUGUAAGCAGCGGAAUUGGUUUCUAUUCCAGCUUCUCCCAACUUUCUGGAAAGUAAACCUAAGUAGUGCAGGUGUAAACCUAAUAGCUCCUCUCUGCAAUGCUUGCUUUGAUAUGGGGCACUUUUGAAAGCAUAUACGCUAUUCUGCUGCAGAUUAAUAAUACUAAAUAUGAUGAGAUUUUCCGUAGUGUACUGCUGUUCUCUUAUGUGUGCCACCCUCACAGUGCUAACCUUCAAAUACCACAGAGAGCAUGCUGUGUGCCUUGUCCGCACAGGAGGAGGGCCAGCAGCAAGGAAAGGAUGUAUAUGUGUUGUUUCUCUUCUAGUCUUCUACAAAGUCUUAGUAAAGCAAUGUAGGACUGUGGAAAUUAAUACUGUGCUAAGUGCUGCCACCAUUGUUAGGUCUUGAAAGCAGAUCUGAUGAAAAGACACUGUCCUACAGCUCCUCUUACAGAGACAGAAAGCCCAGAGCAUUUCACCACCAGCCAGAAAGAGAUGGAGGGAGUAUCUGCCAAGCCCCGGUGGUCCAUUCAUUGCUGCUGCUCUUGCACAUGCUGCAGUGGAGCUAGAACCUGCGCUAGAUGGAGUUGGAAGAGAUGGGGAGGAAGCCGAGGGGAAAAUUUGAGGAACAAUUGUAAAACCUUCCUCUGAGUGCCCUUCUGCUGAUUUUCCUCAGGAAGGAAUGAGGAAUGAUAGGAGCAAUGAAUAAACAAAGGGUGAAAGAUCCUAAGUGUAAUCUACUCAUUGGAGCUUAAUGUUCAUCUAAAUGCAGCAGCCCAUUUUUGUGUGUUCAUGAUUUGAGAGUAUAGUAAUUUUCUUAUUGAAACCUUGGGGUUUGAAUGUGCAGGGCUUUGCAGUCAUUGAGCAAAUGGGAACAUUAAGAAGUUCUACCCCUGUGAUGUGAUAGGUAUUUUAAUGUGCACUUCAGAAAGUCACAGGACUCCCUAGCCAGAGUUAUGCUGUGGAUUUAUGAAGGAUGACAGUUCAAACUCAUAAGAUAUAAAUUUAUAGACCUCCCCAAAACAAAUUGACAAGUUUUGCUUAAUAAAGGGAAGGUAAUUAAUCACUUCUGCUGAAAUGCACGAGUGUCUCUGAAGGGGCGAGACAGUGGACUUCGUAAUUGCCGCUUGGGAAGUUUUGCACUUCGUGAGCUUCCAUGCCAGCCGAGGGGACGAAGGGCAGUAACCCCACAGCAGUCCCACUGUGCAGGGAAGUGGAGUGCUGAGGCUUGCCAGAGGUUUGAGCCUGCUCUGUCAUAAGAGGACUAUGUCAAAGAUAUUUCUGGGGAAUCUCUCCUUUUGCAUACUUUAAUCAUUGGGCCUCUUGUAAGCAUAGAUUUUCUGUAAAGUUUCUACAAUUCUUAACAUACGCUCCAUUAGCAAACUACCACUGUUCAAAAGGAUUUCUCUGUUUUCCCUGUGGAGCAUGUAUUUAGUUUUUGUUACUCAUGCUUAACAAUGGGGUGGGUGCCUCUAAAUCAUGUACAGCUCUCCUUAAAAGCCUCUGAAGUGGAACUGAAGGAUAUGAAACACCAAGGGGGUAGACACAGGGAACGAAGUGAGGGAGGUUCUACACCUGCCUAGCAAGGGGCACCCUGUGCUGCUGCUGGAGCACGAGAGAGAAACGUGCGAGUCGGGGUACAGGAGGGAGCGGGUCUGGUCCUGUCCUGGUGGCAUCAAUUCUAAAAUAGGUAGAAAAAGCUCUGAGUGGUGUUGGUCUCCACUAACUACACUUUAGGACUCCUAUUGUUGGGCACAGGACUUUUUUUUUUUUUUUUUUGAGGCACUUGGUCCUGUGGAGAGGUUUUAAAGGCCAAAACUAUGACCCUGGACUUAACAAGUCUUGAGGGAUUCUUUCACUUUUCAUUGAACUGAAAACCCCACCUCUUAGUCCCACCAGAGAAAGCAGCUGGAAGGGCAAGGGUACGGGAGGGCUUCCGAGGUGCCCUGACUUGGAACUGCAGAUGGAAGUUUGGUGCUGACUGUGCUUUGCAACCUAUUGUUGCUGGUUUGCUGGCUGCUUCUGCGCCAGUGAUUUCAGCAGAUGAUGCUGAUGUGGGAGAGGGUGAGUUGUGUAUUUUGCUUGAAGAAAAUACCAUCGUUGAUUAUUUAAAUAAGGGUGUUUCCAUGGAGCACCUAUAGCAACACAGAAACCCUGUAAGCCAGGUUCUUAACAUACGCUGCUGCAAUUGGCAGCUUUAAAACUUAACCUGAAAUCAGAAUCCAUCAUAGCUAUGUAAUAACAGAAGACAGUCCUUCCUUGGUGUCAUGCUGAUGUACAGUGGGAUGUGGAAUAAUUUUAGGUGGUACCAAAACAGAAUUUAUUUCAUAACCCUAAUUCAUCCCCUGGAUUAGUUUUCUGCUAUAACUUUGUUGCUUACAAAAGGAUCACUAGAGCCUUUGUAAUAUUUUAAGUCAAAACUGAUACAGAUUUUAAAAUAAAACGGUCAGUUGCCUUAGUGUCAGUGGUGCCAGUUCCUUGUUUAUUCAUGAUGUUAUUUGGUUACUGUAAUAAUGUUAAAUUUAAAAAUAAUUUGCAAAUGAAUCAUGGGAUAGAUCUUUGAAUUAAUUUAGGGGUUUUUCCUCAUAUAUUGUUUUAGUAAUCAAAUUACUAUGAAGUCUGUAAGUUACCCACUUUUUGUUAGAAAAUGCUUUCUUUUAUAUAAAUACAUAUUAACAAAUACUUUGUCAGGUAUUUGCAAGCGAUCUGGUGUCCUGUAAUUUAAUUAUAGAUUUCUGUAUGGAAACAGAAAAUAAUUGAACUGUUCUAGUAACAGAAUAGUGUGACUAAUCAGCUUUUGCAGUGGCAAGUUAAUGAAUUUUAGAAAGCAACCCACAGGAGAGAAAAGAGCAGUUUUCAAUUGUGUUCCAAAACUGAAGUUCCUGGAUGAUAAGCUAAGAAACAGUACUCGGAUUACCUGAUCUAUUUCCUUGCAUUAUAUAGACGCUGUAGCAUCAAUGGAAUAAUUUAUCUAGAAAGUAGCAAAACUAAAUUUUAAUUUGAAAAAUUACCAGGGAUGGAUAAAUGUGCAACUUAAUGCUCUCUUGGUCUCUGAGUACCUUAACAUUCCUGCAAUCGCCUUUCUUUUGUAUUCACAAUUUGCUGUCAGAUUUACAUCCUACUGUCUCUUCAGGUUUGCAGCUUUUUCAGAGUCUUUGUAAACACAGAUUUUUGUCUUGUAUUAUCCUGCUACUGAUAUAAUACUUAUUGUUGUAAUAUUCAUUAAAUAUCCUUUUUUUUUCUGUC